AUGAAGCGCGUCGUCAACUGUCGCUGCAUCCAGCGUGUUGUACUAAGUGCCAUCGGCUGGAUCGACUGGGCCUUCUCGCUGCUGCUCCGAGUCGUUGGGCCAGUUCUGGUGGUUCUUGCCAACAGCCUCAUCGCGCUCGUGUCGGUGCAGUGGAUAUUCGGCCUGGCGCCCGUGUACGUCACCGCGCCUUACGGCGUCGUUGCCAGCGGGCUCGUGCACGCGUUUGGCAUCUACCUCCUCCUCAACAUCCUCUUCAACUAUUGGGGCUGCCUGCUCACCCGGCCGGGCUUCCCCGGCGACCACCUCGCGGCGGUCGAGGCGGCGGCGGAGCGGGCGACGCGCGACUCGACGGUGCCGCGCGUGCGCUUCUGCAAGCGGUGCCGCGUGCCCAAGCCGGCGCGCACGCACCACUGCUCGGUGUGCAACCGGUGCGUGCUGAAGAUGGACCACCACUGCCCGUGGGUCAACAACUGCGUCGGCUUCUUCAACUACCGGUACUUUCUGCUCUUCCUGCUGCACCUGGCCGCCGGCUGCGUCUUCGUCAUGUGCACCUGCCUCCUCGGCCACCUGCAGGGCCACGACCUGCUCUCCGCCCGCAACUCCUCCGUCCUCUUCGUCGCGGUGCUGUGUGCGCUCGGCAUCUUCCUCUUCUGGCACGUCUACCUCGUGCUCACCAACCAGACGACGAUCGAGUUCUACUCGAACCGGAUGGACGCGAUGGAGGCGCGCCGCGAGGGCCGCACCUUCCGCAACCAGUACUCGCUCGGCUACCGCGCCAACGCGGAGCAAGUCUUUGGGCCUCGCACCCGCUCCUACCUCGGGUGGACGCUGGUCAGCCGCACGCGGCCGCCGGGCGAUGGCGUCGACUGGCCGACGCACCCGCGCGAGGCCCUCCACCACGUGUAG